AUGUCUCAGUUCCGGGACCAAGGCUUCCAGCAGACGUCACCAUCUUCGUAUACGGGAGUUGGCAUCGACGUUGGCAACAUCGGAAGCACACCAAACUCACGUACGAUCGGGUACUCGCCAGGAUCCAACUCGGUAAAGUCCGCUUCGAAGCCGAACCAGACCCCUGACCGUGACGGAUCUGAUGGCCAGCACUCCAUCUUUUCCCCGACGGUUCAAGGAAGCGGUGGUGGCUUCCGCACAACGGGAAUCCCCGUUGACAGAGACCCUUUUGUGACGCCAUCUUCAAAAACGAAGACGCACGGCCAACGGCUGUCUGCCACAGCAUCGUCAUUUCGUCCAUUUUAUGACGAGCCGUCGGACGGGUCCGAAAGCAACCGAUCUCGUGCCGGGGAUGAUUUUGACAACGAGCGUAAUCAAGCCGCUGAUAACAUAUCCCCGGCCCUCAGCACUGAACUGAUGCUCUCCCGUUGCAUUGAACUUUCGGCCUCGACGUCUGUGACAAGCGCUGAUGCUGAGGCCUAUUUGGCGAUUAUUGCACCGGGUGAAAACAUAGCUGCAAAUCACGAGGGACAGCUGGAUCUACUUGCGGUUCUCCUCCACAAUGCUCCUAUGGGAUUACCCCAGGUUGAGCCUGUUGUGUUCAAGCUACUUAGAUCUGAGGGAGACCUCUUUGCAUUCCGGAAGCAUCACCGCUCUGAGGAUGGGGCCUUGAAGGCCGUCAUCGAGUACUCGGACAUCAACGUUGCACUCAAUGUAGCGGGAAAAUUAAAUGGAAUCACAGUCGAUGGACUUCAUCUUCGUAUCGAUUUCUACCAGGCAGAAGGUCAUGCUGGCCGGGCAGUCCCACUCAACGAAGGAAUUACAACGCCCAUGCCGACCCCCAUGCGCUAUCCUCCAGAUGAGAAUAUGGGGUUUCAAACCCAAGCUAUGGGAUCGUUUCACAAACCGCAACAGCCAGGGAACAAUGGACUUCUUCCUGUUCGGCAUCAGGUAACCCCCCCUGCUUCUGGUAUGGGCGGCCCUCCCCAAGUGGCACUGGUUCCCAUGGUGCUUCGAAACCCAUACACACCUGGUACGCCGCUUAUUCUUGAUCCAUAUGGUCCGCAUGGACACAAUAUGACACCAAUGCCCGGUGGAACUCCUUUGGUUUUUCCCCCUGGCGCUCCAGUCUCCACGAUCAUGGGACAUCAUGGAUACGACAGGUCUUCGACUGUGGCUAGUCGCUAUAACAAUCGUCGUGGUGGGGCGCUGCGCAUAGACAGGAACCUGCACUACAACCCAAAUGGUCAUCACAACCAAGUUGAUAUCAACCGCAUCCGGGAGGGUGUUGAUGUUCGCACCACUAUCAUGUUGCGCAACAUUCCCAACAAGGUUGAUCAACGGAUGCUAAAGGCCAUUGUUGACGAGUCCAGCUGGGGCAAGUACGAUUUUAUGUAUUUGCGAAUUGAUUUUGCCAAUGACUGCAAUGUGGGAUACGCUUUCAUCAAUUUUGCAGACCCUUUGGAUAUUAUCGACUUUGCCAAAGCGCGCGACAAUCAAAGAUGCGACAAGGUUGCCGAGAUUUCUUAUGCUAGUAGAGACUGCCUGGUGCAGAAGUUUCGGAACAGCUCGGUCAUGCUUGAGGCUCCUCACUACCGUCCUAAACUGUACUACACAGUUAAUGGGACGAACCCCGACAUGGCCGGCCAAGAGGAAGAAUUUCCUGGGCCAGACAAUCCAUCCAAGAUGAAGCGAAGCUGUGAAAAUGCAGAGCACGUUGGCCUCUUUACGCCACAUCUCAGUCAGUACUAUCGCGACGAGCAACGCCGGCGGCGUUCUCAGUACGACCGGGGAACCAGAAUGGCAGCUCUCGAGGAGUAUGACUAUGAGGCGACGCUUCAGCGGAUGUAUAUGCCGCACUGA